AUGAAGACUCCGCUGUUUCUCCUCUUGGUCGUAUUGGCUUCCCUCCUGGGAUUGGCCGUAUCCCAGGAUCGAAAUAGUACGGAGUGGAUGAAAAGUCAGAAGGAUCGUAAGAAGUGGUGCAGGCUCAACUUAGGACCCUACCUUGGUGGCAGAUGCUGA